UAAUGUGUGGUGCCUGGGAUCUGGGCUAUAUAAGGAGAGGUGCAGAGGGCUUAGGGCAGUCAGACUUUCUCCUCUGCAGUAGAAGGUUACAUUCAUGGGAAGAUCAGUGUUUACCGUGUUACAGACAGUGGCUGUUUUUGCUAUUUGUAUAGCAGCCCCUACUACAAGUCAAGAUGUCACUCUGUCUUCAGAUGACCUACAGGCCAGAGCUAAGGCCUAUCUAUCCCAGUUUUACUCGGUUGCUGGCUCCACCAACUCCAUCAUGUCCAGGCGAGUGAUGAUGGACACCCCAGUGGACUCAUUUGAGAGAGACCUGAGGAGCAUGCAGGACUUCUUUGGGUUGGAGGUGACAGGCAGGCUGGACUUGAACACCCUGGAGGUGAUGGCCAAGCCCCGAUGUGGGGUCACAGACGUGGCCCGCUACGGACACUUCCAGGGCAAGCCCCGCUGGAAGCAGAGCAUCGUCACUUACAGAAUUACUGAGUACACGCAUGACCUGAGUCGGCGUGAGGUGGACUCCACCAUCGCCCAGGCCUUCAAGCUCUACAGCGACAUCAUCCCACUGGACUUCAAGCAGAUCUACAGUGACACCGCUGACAUCAUGAUCCUGUUUGGAGCCAAAUACCACGGUGACUUCUACCCCUUCGAUGGGCCGAAUGGUGUCUUGGCCCAUGCAAACUCUCCAGGAGAAGGCGAAGGUGGUGACACACACUUUGAUGAAGAUGAGUCUUGGACUCUGAGCCAGAGAGGGAUAAACCUGCUUCUGGUGGCGGCCCAUGAGUUUGGCCAUGCUCUUGGAUUGGCCCACUCACGAGACAGCUCAGCUCUGAUGUACCCCACAUAUCACUUUGUGAACACAAAAGGAUACAGGCUACCUGCAGACGACAGGCGGGGAGUACAGGCCUUGUACGGUGUCCGGACAACAUCAGGUCAGCCGGAACCAACAAGACCCAAGCCUAAACCAAAGCCCAAACCAGAACCUAGACCAAACCCUCCAGAAAGAUGCAACAGGAACCUUGUCUUUGAUGCUGCCAGUACCAUUCGGAGUGAGCUGUACUUCUUCAAAGAUGGGUAUUACUGGAAGAAGAGUGGCUAUUGGAAUGGAGUAAUGACGAAGACAGUGAAGGGAACCUGGCCUAGCAUUAGCCAUGUUGAUGCUGCAUAUGAAUACAAGGGUCGAGACAUCGCCUUACUAUUUGAAGGAAGAAGGUACUGGGGCACCAGAGGCCUUACCGUCCUAUCAGGUUAUCCCAAAUCAAUCUACAACUUUGGCUUCCCCUCAUACGUAACCAAGAUAGACUCUGCAGUUCAUGUGGCAUCCACAGGGAAAACCCUAUUCUUUGUGAGAAACAAAUACUGGAGCUUCAAUGAAAGGAUGAGCACAAUGGACCGUGGCUACCCCAGAAGCAUCUCCCAGGAUUUCCAUGGUAUUGGCAGGAAAGUUGAUGCUGCUUUUGAAAACCAUGGUUACAUGUACUUUUCAGAUGGCCCCAGGCAAACAGAAUACCACUAUCCAUCAAAGAAGGUGAACCGUGUCUUGUUGAACUAUGGAUGGCUGGACUGCUACUAAAAAGAGAAUCAUUAAUAAUUUUCAGCUGUACAAAGUAUUUAUGUUGUCAUCAAGAGCUGUGACUACACCCAAUUAGCGAUAUAGUAUUUUUCUAGAUAUAUGCACUUUCAAAGAUGACUUUACUGAUACCAGUUUUGGAACAAGUGCUCAAUUUGAUCAGAGAACAUUAUCAUGAUGAGACCCAGAUGCAGAAACAGGAGGCAGAUGGUUGAAGUCUUAUAAUGUUUAAUAAUCUAAAAGGUGUAGGCAAGAGAAUGGUCAUGGACAGGCAAAAGGUCAGAACCAGGAGUCCAGGAGGUACAGAGUGGCAGAAAGGCUCAUGGCCAAGGCAGGCAGAAUGGUCCGGUAGGCGGAUACAGAGUCUAGAACAGGCAAGGGUCAAAACCAGGAGGACUAGAAAAAAGAGAAUCGCAAAGGCAGGCGUACAGUGAAAAAAACACGGGUUUUCUUGGAACAUAGAAGACGAACUGGCACAGAAAACACAGGGAUAAAUACAUUGGGGGAAACAAGAGACACCUGGAGGGGGUGGAGACAAUAACGAGGACAGGUGAAACUGAUCAGGGUGUGACAACAUGUCUGAAUUUAUUGAAAUAUGUUGAAAAUAUAUUUCUACAACUUGGGAGUGCAUGUAGUUUAUUGAGGAAUAUGUGACAGACACAGUCUAUUUCAUAUGUUCAUAGUGCAUUUGCUAUGAACAAUUGUUAUAGGAAAUUAUGGGAAAUUACUAUCCUUCCUUGCGGAGGAUUUGAAUGGGUGAGGGAAGCCUAGAUAUAGAACAUUUCACAUGAAUUUAAACUAUGUCACUACGUCAUUAAAACUAUCAUGUAUUUUUUUACUGAAAGAUACUGUUGUAAACAGGCCUUCAGGCAGGGAAUCUACAACAGUUUGAAACUAGAAAGUUUGAGCUAGUUUAUUAGCGCUGAUCCUAAGUAAAAUGGUGGACGCAUUCAAACUAGAAUUUCUGUCUAUGGCGCUUCCUCACUCUCCAACCCAUGGAAAUAUAAUAAAUGUGCUUGACUUGUGGAGCAAACUGACAUGAAUAGAACAUUUAGCAACUCUUCAUUGCUUCUUUAUUGUUGUUAAACCAACAAGUUUAGUCCAACCGGCCUUUGACAUUCCUAAGGGUCUUUACUGACUGACCUAUGAAAGAGAAUUUUAUUUGUUUUCAAAAUGGGACCAAUCACAAUAUUGCCAAUCUAUUGGUCAGUUCAAAAACCCAUUGCCCAGAUUUUUGACCCUGAUGGGGGCCCAAAGGUGUUGAUAGCCUAACAAUGAAGAAAACAAUUUUAUCUAGGCCCUACUUCCACUGUCUUCGAGUUGCUGAAUUUUCUUCACUGCUGUCUAUGGUUGGGAAGAACUUUUGAUAGCUUUUGAUAAACAUUCGGAUGAGGAUUGUAACUCUUUGAGCGGAGUGGCAGGUUCAAGAUCAUCUCUCUCGGGGGCCAAGGAGCUGUGACUUGUCCAUAACUCUGCACGCAUCAUUCAGGGCACCUUUUUUGACCCCCACCUGGUUAGCUAAAAAAAUACAAAUUAUAAUAUUUUUUGUUGUUACCCGUUUUGCAUGUUAUUUUGGCAUUAAUACGUGUGUCACACAUCAGUUUGCAAACAAUAAAGCCGCAUACAAACAUGG